GAACUGAACCGAUCGAGUGAAUCGACUCGGAUUGAAGUCCUUCUGCUUACAGUCAACAGUUUACGACCGAGCAAGCCAUGACAAAAUCAGAGCGGGAGGAAAUAUUGUCAGCUUUGACAUCCAGGAUCUUUGCGGCAAUGUUGGACGAUAUAGUCAUGGACGCAGCGCUACAGUCACACCACGAGAUAACUCGUACCCGCGCAAUAUGUCAUAUUUGCAAUACUCGCUGCGGCUUGGUGCAUGGCUCUGGAUCUUCAUACUCGCAGUCCGCCUCUCACCCUUCGCCCUCUUCGGUAGGGAAUGCGACGACGAAUGGAGCAACAGGGACAGGAGCUAGUACGCCUACUAGUAUCAAGACAGCAGAAGGGAAUGUAUUGUACGAGUGUGUGAACUGCAAGCGACAGAUUGCCUCCAACCGAUAUGCUCCUCACCUUAGUUCUUGUAUGGGAAUUGGGACAGGAACCCGGAGAGGAGCUGUUCGGAAUGCGAACGUCAAGACUAGAAUCUCCACCGAACCUGGGCGCUCUGUUUCGCCUUAUUUAGGAUUAGAAGCUGGCAAUGCCUCAGAGGAUGGCAAGAAUCCGAAAGGGAAAAGUAAGUCAAAAAGCAAGCGUGCAGAUGACGCGGAAUUCAACUUGAAACGUAAACGGCCAGUCUCACCGCAAAUCUCGCCAAAUAAGAAGCAAAAGAAGUCAAAGACAGCGGCUCCCUUGGUUCGAGUGCGGUCGAAUUCACAGAGUACCAACCUUCAAAUCCCCUCCUCCAACUCCAAAGUCCCCUCAAAGCUCCGCUCCUCUUCUACCGUUUCUCUUCUCGAGCGGGAGCAAGACCGCGAACGUUCCUCCUCGCCCUCGCACUCUUCCUCAGCAGGCACGCCUAUUGCAUCAAUAUCUACACCUACAUCAUCAUUUUCUGCGCAUAGUCCUGCUGGUACUGGGCCGCCCAGGCGGGGACGUCCUCCAAAAAAUAAAGCCAAUGGUGUUGGCGUGGGCAGAGGUGCCCCAAUCGCUCCGCCCAAACGUCCUAGUCCACCUCGGCCCCCGCCUCCUACCGUCAGGAUUGAACCUGAUUAUCUCAUAGACGUCGAAGGCCAGGAAACUGGAUCGUCGACAGAUACCUCGGAUAGCUCUUAAUAAUAAAUGCGCAAUUCAUUCGACGUUCAAUGUUGUUUUCUAGUUGAUCGGCAAUUCACAUUUCUAAUGUAUGCACAGCACCUAUUUACUUAUCUAUACCUUGUAUGAAUAUUGAAUCACUCGGAUUCCACUGAUUCUUGGCUAUUACUUAUCAGCAUUGUUUUUUCUGCACCUGUACAAUUGGGGAGCGUGUUAGCAGGCAGUGAUGAUUAAAGUCUCGAUCGAUACAUUGUUUCUGUACUGGUUCCAAACCCUGGUCAUGACCGCCGUCUGUUAGUUUUGGUGAUUCUGCACCUAGUUGUGCUAUCUAUUUUCCCUUCUUUCU